AAACUCCAGUCAGUUGUGCCUCAGCCAGCGUGCGAGCAGCUGCACCUCUACUCCACCUUCAUCAUCAUCAUCCUCCUCAUCACCUCCUCCUCCUCCUCCUCCUCCUCUCCACCAUGGCGAGCUCCAGCUCAUCGCAGACGGUGAGGAGCCUGGUGAUCGUGGUGCUGGCGUUGUGGUCGAUCAUCUCGCUCAUCAUCAUCGUGGUGUGGGCGACGUCGCCCGACAUGAAGAGCGCCAGCCAGUGCCGCGCCGAGCUGCAGGAGGCCACCGAGAAGCUGGAGGGCGCCAAGGUGGUGCACGCCAAGAACCAGGCCAAGCUGGAGGAGAUGGUGCUGGAGGCCCGGGAGAACGUGAGCCGGCAGCAGCACAACAUCCAGGUCCUGCUGCUCGAACUCGCCGCCGCCAACGCCUCGCUGGACGACUGCAAGCAGGAAAACGUGGUGCUGAAGGGGAACAUCAGUGCGCUGGAGCAGCAGAUCGAGCAGCACAGGCAGACCGAGCUGAACCUCACCGCUCAGAUCGAGCUGCAGCAAGAUCACAUAGAGGUUCUGCAGGUGAACGUGACGCAGGCGUUCCAUCAGACCCAGUCGUGCCUCAGCCUGAACGCCGCCGCUGAGAGCCAGAAGGACGCGGCUCAGAGCCAGACCGCCCUCUGCGAGACCAGCAAGCACUUCCUGGAGAGGCAGCUGCUCAAGUGUAAGGUGGUGGACCAGCAGGCUCCUCAGCAGACUCAGACAGAUAAAAACUCCUCGCCGCUCGCCGGCGCCCCCACCCUGCUGCUGCUGCUCUGCUCCAGCCUGCUCCUCCUCACCUGAUGUGGCGGCGGCGGCGGCGGCGGCGGGUCGGAGCCGUGUGGACAAACAUGACUGCUGUAAACUUCCUGUCUGCAGAACGCCACCUCACCGCCAGGAGGCACAGCGCUUUCACACGGACUGGGGGGGCGGGGCUAAAGACUUUCUGCUUCCUUUUCUACUGCUUUGCAGACACACACACACACACACACACACAGAGCUCACACACACUCUGAGGUGCCUCUAGUCAGCGUCACAGAGCUUCCUGCCGCAAGGCGAGCGCCGUGGAGGCUCAGUGUGAAACUUCAUAACUGUGUGUCUGUGAGUGUGUAAGCGUGUGUGUGUGUGUGUGUGUGUGUGUGUGUGUGUGUUUGGAUUCAGCCACAGUUAUGUCAGCUUCCAUUUUAGUGUUGCUGUUUCUGUCGAACAGUGAGCGGGCAGCAUCGACAGACACUCUGGACUCUGAGAUGCUUUAAGAGACGCUGCCAGUCUCAGCCGGUCCAGAAAACAACGAAACAACAACCAGAGAUCCAGAUCUGCUCCUUUAUUUUGAAAUCCCACUUCCCAGCACAGAUUCUGAUUAAAUAUAUUAACAUAUAUACACUGUAUAUUUGGGGAAAAAAAUGAAAUCUUAAAAAAAAAAAAAAAUCAAAAUCACAAAAUCUUAAAAAAAAAAAAAAAAAAAAAAAAA